ACACACACACACACUGCCAGACGCACACACAGCUAUCGGCACAACAACACACAAAGCGGAAAGACGGUGACCCUGGAGCAUGUCAUCCAUUUUCAGCAUGAUUCAACUGCAGACAAGACAAACGGCCAAAUGAAUCACUUGUCGCGCAAAGAAAGUGUGCUUCAUUAAGAAGUCGACAAGACCAAGAGUCGAAAUUAAAGUGCCUGAUUAAAACAAUAAAUUGGAGCCUUUACCAGCUCCCCAGCUGACGGAGUCAAAGCGAAUGCAACUACACAAAAUUAAGAACGGCAUGGCACACUUUUGCUGGUAUCAUAAAUUGGUAUUCCUGCUGUUGAUGUUGUGCUGCGGCUAUGCGCGGCCAGCCCCUGCACCUGUUCCCGCCCCUGCCCCUGCCCCGGCACUGGCAACGGGUCGUCAGAGUGAGCUCAUUGCGGGCAAUGAGUUUCUCAAGCUGUUCCUCGAUCACGACGAACAGCAGCGCAGCCUGCACAGCGAUGAGGAGCUCGAGGCACCCGCUGCUGGUCGCCUGAACAAUGCCAGAAGCUUGGAGCACAAGACGCGCUACCGCAACGCGAGUGCGCAGCAUCAGACAGAUGCCGAGGGCAAGCAGGUCGUCAAGCUGGUGACCACAGGCAGCAAGAUUGUCUUUCUAGAGGAUGCGCCCGCAGCAUCAACCAGCAAGUCAAAGUCCACCGAUGAGGUCAAGGUGGUGGCUGUCAGCGUCAGCUCCUCUAGCAAGCGUGGCAGUCGCAUUAGCCGCACGCAGCCGCCCGCCUUCAAGCCACCUGCCACGCAAUCCCAUUCCCACUCCCACUCGCACAGAAGCAGUGCGCCGAGCGCAACCGGCGUGGACUUUGUCAAUCGCUCGCACAAGAGCGAACUGUCCAUUGAGGAGACGGAGCCACGCCUGGCCGCCGAUGUCAUGGAUGUGGAGAGCGACUCGUUGAACAGCGCCUCCAAUAUACAAAAUGUUUUGGCGGCGCCAUUGCUGGCGGCAGCAGCCUCCAGCCGCUCCAGUUCGAUGGCGUUUCGUGGAGCUGCUGUUGCUGCUGCUGCUGCGACUGGGCGAAAUGCCACUCGCAUAAAUCAGAGAGCCAACGAUGCGGAGGCGGUGUCAGAGGCAAACACUCAUGAGUCUGUUGCGGGUGAUGACAAAUUGCUGCCGUUCCAGACGGUGAUCUAUCACGACACCAAGCAGGGCCAUGGACCCCAGUCAAGAUCAAUAUCAUACAGCUCCAUAUCGCAGAACGUGGAUGAUCUCCAUGUGCCGGGUGGCUGGCAUCAGUCGGUCGGUAUCUUGGCGGAGGCACAGCGCAACGUGAGCGACAGCCUCAAGCCCAUGCCACGUCUCGCCUCGGAGCCGUCCAAGUUCUAUUCCGUGCCAUCCAAAAUGUACAGUGUGCCUUCUAAGUUCUACUCGGAGCCAGCUAAGGUCUACUCGGAGCCCGCGAAGAUGUAUGGCCAGCCAGAGAAGGUAUAUUCGGAGCCGUCCAAAGUCUAUGGACAGCCGUCCAAGUUUUACUCAGAGCCAGCGAAAGUAUACUCGCAGCCAGCUAAGGUCUAUGGUGAGCCCGCCAAGACCUACUGGCCGCAAACUGUUACAACCGGUACCGGUGUCACUCUCGGCACGACCAGCUCGCCCACCACAACAGGCGCUACUUUGGCAGCGGCAACAACAGCAACGCCAGCAACUGUGCCAACGGGCGCUGCUCCCACCACCUUUGUGCCCUCGCGUCGGCCAGCAAUUGUCUCGCGGAUUGCAUUCGGCGAGGCGCAGACGACAACGACAACAACAAGCAGAUCCAUGGAAUCCCAGACGGCAACGAGCAGCACGCUGCCCACCGUUCGGCCAAGCACUUGGCACCACCAUUAUCACAGUGGUCAUAAUCAUCAUCUGCACCAACAACAACAACAACAACAACCGCAGCAGCACCAACAGCAGCAACAGACUGCACCGAGCGCGGGCAAUUCGCAGCCGCGUCGUGUACUCUUCAAUUUGGAUAAAUUACCUUAUGAUUUAUUGAAUGCACCGCAACCGCAGCCAUCGCGCCAUCUAUUGGAGCCAAUUUUAUCAAAGAGUCCAAGCACAAGCGACUACCAGCAACAGCAACAGCAGCAGCAGCAGCAGCAACAUCAUCGUCCAUGUUGGGAACAACAGCAACGUCAGCAUUCAUCACUGUCGCUUCAACAUUCUAAUCAAAAUGCCAAAGGAUUGCCCAAUAGAGAUCUAGUCAAGUGUGUUUCCAAAUUUGCACACCAACAUGCAUCGCCCGCAGCAGCAUCCGGCAUUAGCGCCUAUUCAUACAGUUCCAGCUCCAGCAGCUCAUCAUCCUCAUCCUCCGCUGCUGCCGCCGCGCCAGUUGGCGAUGCGCCCAUAUUGCCACACUUUACAACCGAACGCGCCGAGCUCUACACACCGACCCCAGAGCAGAAUUACGAAAUUGAAGAGUCCGUAAGUGUUAUGACAAACGGACGAGCCCAUGGAUUGCAGGGUGUUAGCAGCAGCAGCAGCAGCGGCGGUGGCGGUGGCGGUGGCGGCGCACUGGUCACAGCCACAACACCAGCCAGUCCAGCAAGCACAACACCAGCAACAACCAAUGGAGCAGCAACAACAACAACGCAACACGGUCGCAAUCGCGGCAUAGACCGGGGACGCGGCUCGGUGGUGUACAACGCCGACGCAAAUGCCAACGACUAUGAUGGUGUUGGUGACGGUGGCGAUGAAGAUGCUGAGGGCAGGGGCAGCACAGAUGAGUCAGAUGAAGAUAAAGUCGCCUAUGUGGUGGAGGGACGCAACUAUCGCAAGUAUCGGGUCGAGGAGAAAACCGACGACGGCUUCAUCGUUGGCGAAUAUGGCGUCGUGGACCACAACGAUGGCAACCUAAGCGGUGUGCGUUACACCGCCGACUCGACCAUUGAUCGCAGCUUGAUACAAAAGGCGUUGUUGACAUUUCUGAAGCUCAAGUAGUUGCAGCCACAGCUGUACUGCGAGCUGACCCAGCUGCCUCAGCUGCCUCAGCUGCCUCGGUUGGCUCGGCUGCCCGGCUGCCACAGCUGCAGCGGCAAUUCAUUUCAUACACAUGUGAUCCAAGUCGUAUUGUAGUUAGCGUAGCUUAAAUUAAUAUAAACUAGCCUUCAUUUAUACAAUCACAAUGACAUGAGCUGACAGUUGUAAUCGAUAGUUGGAUAAUCGAUUUGAUGAGAAUUACAGUUAGUUUGAGUGAAAGGAACAUAUUAUUGAGCUGAUUAAUCUUUUAGCCAUCGUAACAAUCCUGACAAUUUGCAUGUGCUUUCACCAGUUAAUCGAGCUUUCUAAUAUGAAACACACGCUAAAAGCCUUCAUCGCCCUUACGAGUUAAUCACACGUUCAGCUACAAGAUUUCUACUUUGAGGCACAGGCUAAAAGCUAAAAACUUUCACCAGUCAGAAUCACAAUAUCAGCCCUAAGUAGGACCUGCUUGCAGCUUUCAUGUGCUUGCAACUGUUAGUGGAGCUUUCAGCCUUAAAUAUAACCGUUGUAAGCUUUUACCAGUUAAACUUUGAAUGUAGCUUACAUGUGCUUUCAUUUUCUGUUUUAAAGAAUGUUAGGGCUGGAAAAGUUGUUUAAAUAUAAAAGCCAUGCAGCAGCUUGUGUUGAGAAGUUAAAGCUAAUCACUGUCUCGCAAGAUUAAUCCUCUAAUUGAAUGCCAACUUCAGCUAGUGUCUUUGUGACAUAAGUAUUCAUAGUUAGAUUGUCAACCCACGGCCACGACUCUCUGUCCUACUUUAUCCUACAUUCCCCUACAGCAAGUGUGCGUGUAUUUUGAGUGUGUGUGUGUGCAUGCUUAUGUGUCUGUAAACGAAUUUGUUUUAUGCUUAGUUAAUGUUUUAAUUAAUUUAUUGUAGUUGUUGGUAUUAUAAUUUAAUAUAAUGUAAUUUAAACUUUACGCCUAAACUGAACGAACCGCAAAAUUUUACCUAGCAACUUGCCAUAAUUUACUAAAUAUAACGAACGUGGCCAAGUUCUUACGAUUUGGCCCAAAAGCACGUACGCACCUAAAUGCAUAAACUAUCCUAAUUAGUGCCUAAGUAACUUGCAAUGUGAAAAAUUACAACAAAAAAAUAUAUAAAAAUAAAAAAUAAAUCGAGUAAAUUAAU